AUGGCAGGGUCCGAAACCACCACGAAGAACAACCAGCACCACCAUGACAACGACAACAACAACAAAGUCUCCGCCUCCACUGCCACUGCCACCGCGGUUGUCGCGGUGGCCCCACCUUCGAAACCAUCAUUCAGGCGGUUUGUUGGUGUCAGGCAGAGGCCUUCCGGGAGAUGGGUGGCCGAGAUCAAGGACUCGUCGCAGCGUGUCCGCCUGUGGCUCGGGACUUAUGACACGCCCGAGGAAGCCGCGCGGGCCUACGAUGAGGCCGCAAGGGCGCUGCGCGGCGAGAACGCUCGCACCAACUUCGCGGCAGCCCCAUCCUCAACGAAUCCUAAUAAUUGCCACCAACCGGACCCGUUAUUAUCACCUUCUUGUGGGUACACUUCACAGAGUGACUACGCUAGGCAUGGCCUGAGCUUCUCGUCGCUCAAGGCCAAGCUGAGCAAGAACCUACAAAGCAUCAUUGCAAGGAGCUCGGAGAGCAAGUCGUCGAAAAGCCGGGUCAGUGACCACUUCACUUUCGCCAGCAUAUUCCACUUCAGGGGAUACAAUCAAUACCAAAACCCUAGCGACAUCAAGAACAUAGAGAAGGUGGUACAGCCAAGCAUCGUGGUGCCGUCAUCGCACGUUGUGGUCGACCCUGAGAGCCUCUCGUCGUGGGACAGCUCAAGCGUCUCAGACUGCAGCAGCGAAUGGGUCGGGUUCCGGACCCCAGGACUCGACUCGGAUGGUUCCGAAGUUGGGGAAGCGAUCGGCGUGGUGGGCGACCAAGCGUUCUCGGGCUGGAUCGAUGGCCCAGAAUGGAAUAAUUACAGUGACCCGGGAUUGAUAAGCGGCGGAGAGCUUUCAAGAAGUAAGAGAUUUAAGGUUUCUUCUUCGGUAUUGGUUCCUCCAACUUUCAGUGAACCUCCAUAUGACAACAAUGGUGAGAAGUGA